CGAUGUUCAUAAUGUUAGCCUGCUCUGAUUGAGAAUUUGCAGCUAGGUCAUGUCUCGACUCUCCAAGAAAUCUCCAUCUCUGUGUACGGAUCUACCUCUGGACAACGCGGAUAUUUGUAAAAAGCUCGAUUUGCUGAGGCAACUCCUGAGAUCUUGUUUUGGUCCGACAGGUAGACUAAAACAAGUCCACAACAACAUCGGGGGGCACGUAGUAACCACCUCAACCUCCUCAGUUCUCCUUCCAGCCAUUUCCUCCUCACAGCCUUUUAUCAAUCUGAUAAAAACCUCCAUUCUCAACCACGUUUCUCGUUUCAGUGACUGUGGUUUGUUCGCUGCCAUUCUUUGUUUGUCUCUUAUUGAGCAGGCAAAGCAGUCUGGUCUCAGAGGAAAUGUGGCCAUCAGAGUGAACAAGCACUUGCUGGGUCUGUGCACCAGUUACCUGCUAGGAGAAGACUGUGGUUGUAAAGUGAAGCUCGACUUCUGCAGCAGCCAGAGCUUGAUCACAUUGGCCCGCAGUGUUAUCUCCAGCAAACCAGCAUGUGUGCUAACAGAGCCAGAGACCCUUCACAUCAGCAGGUUGGCUGUACAGGCUUUUUUGCUGACUGUUCCCUGCAGCAGCCCAGGUAUAGUCAGUCUUGGCAAAAUAGUGACUGUGUCUGUUGAAGGCCAUGGUGUGCUCAACUCAGCAGUGUUUCCAGGUGUAUUGCUGGACAUGCCUGAUGUCUUUACUGUAGAUAAAUUAGAGAACCUGCCUUCAGAUGCACUGCGCAUGGUAUUGUUCAGUGCUUCCCUUGCUGGGGACCUUUCUGAACUGGGAGAUGGGAUAAUAGAGGUGCAUCCAGGUGUAGACACUGACUCACAGAUACUGGAUCAGCUCCUGGAGCUCGGCAAACAGGUGGUUAAAGAUGAGGUGAAGCUUUGUGUGUGCCAGAAGGUCAUUCACCCGGUUCUGCAGCAAUACCUGAGGGGUCAUGGUAUCAUAGUGGUAGAAAGACUGGGAAUCACUCUCAUGGAGCCCCUUACUCAGCUCACAGGGGCUCAACCCGUGGCCACAUUACACACCACCAUCCCAGCCAAGGCCUACGGGAGGGUGAGGGAUCUAAGGAUCAGGACAUUUGGAUCCAAGACAAUGCUGCAUUUACAUCCUCCUGGAGAUUGUGCGAUCUGCACAAUGAUCCUCUGCCACAGGAACGAGACCAUGCUCAAUGAGCUGAAGGGUGUGUGCCAGAAAACAGAGCAUGUGUUGAGGCUCACCCUCAGAGAACCAUCUGCUUUACUUGGGGGUGGGUGUACAGAGACCCACUUAGCUGCUUACAUCAGACACAAGAGCAUGAAUGAAAUCCAAGAGACAGUAUCUGCGCUAGGCUGCUCACAGACGGAGUGUCUCCUCGGCGUGGAGGGAUUCUGUCGCUCUCUGGAGGCUGUUGCCGCGGCGCUGGAGCACGAUGGUGGGAGUUCUUUAAUGGAUCUCACUCAUGCCCACCACUGGUCUCAUCCUGCAGAUGUCCUGACAGAACACAUGGGGGAUAGCUUGGGCUCCUGUGGCUGUGGAAUUGUGGAAAGUAGCCCGAAUCAGAAGUGGACUUAUUUAAACUCUAAAUACCCACAGUUCUCACCUGCACCUCUGUCUGAAGACGCUUCUGUGCAGCCACAUGUGCUUGACUCCUUCACGGCUAAACUCAAUGCAUUGCAAGUUGCUGUAGAAACUGCUAAUCUUGCACUGGAUGUGCGAUAUCUAAUUCAGGAUGUGAACUAGCAGAACAAGUAUAUUAUCCAUUGUGCAACUCUGGUUUCUGAUGAUCAUGAUGAGGAAUGAAUGGUGUUUUAUAUUUAAAUAUAUAUUUAAAUAUAUAUACAUUGUGACACUAGAUGUAAGCAUUGCCUUGAGUGAAAAUAUGAUUGAAACCAGGCAUCAGUUAGUGGAAAUGUGUUGCAUCAUCUGUGGACUUGUUACUUGUCAGCAAUAUCAAUAAAAAAAACACUGAUUUCUUC